UCAAAAGCAAUUGAUCCUAUGAAUAUAAAUGUUGAGACCGCCGAAACAUCCGAGAUUGUUAAACCGUACCGGAUUGUACCAAGCACAUCUAAUAGCAAGCAUUUAAUAAGUCGUGUAGAAGAAACUUCACAAAAAAGGAAAAUGAAGGCACGAAAUUUGAAAUUGCAAGCAGAAAAUAGAAAGCUGCGUGAAAAAAUUAGACGUCUAGAGAAAAAAAUGAAGAACAUGAAGAAUAAAAAAACAAUAGAAGACGGACCUAAAGAAUACGAAACUCUGCGUCAAUUAGGUUAUAAGUUACUACCUACUAAUUUUGCACAAUUGUUACCUGUACAAAUUGACGCGUAAAUUAAAAGCAAACAUGGAAGAAGCUGCAGUUCAGAAUUUAAACAAUUUGCAUUGCAUUUAUAUUUUUUAAGUCCGAAAUUAUCGAGAACUUACGACACAAUUCGCAUUGCCUUCUAUACGUAGUCUACAUUUAUUUACGCAAACAAACCCGGCAAAUUAAAUCCGGUAACGAUAAAAUUUUUGAUGUUCUAUCCGAUAAAUUAAAUUCAUUACUUUGGAACGCCACUGUAUAUUGUGCAUAGAUGAAAUGAGUUUAAAAGCUUAUUUAUUUUAUAACAUUUCACAAGAUGAAAUAAUCGGGUUCGAGAAUACAGAUAACGGAAAAUCAGAAAAACCUGCAAAAAAUGUUUUAGUAAUUAU